ACUCUCUUCGCCCUUUUUCCUCGUCUCUUCGAGGUACGGCAAUGGCGAAACCCCUCCUUCCCCUCACCUCCCUCCUCCUCCUCCUCCUCCCGUUCCUCUCCAAUCCCUCCGCCGCCGUGGUCGCCGGCACCGCGAACGACGUGCUCCCCAAGUUCGGGCUCCCCCCCGGCCUCCUCCCCAACACCGUCGCGAGCUACUCCCUCUCCGCCGACGGCGACUUCGUCGUGGAGCUCGAGGCCCCCUGCUACGUCCAGUUCUCCGACCUCGUCUACUACGAGAAAACGAUCAAGGGGAAGCUCUCGUACGGCGCCAUCUCCGACCUCUCCGGGAUCCAGGCGAAGAAGCUCUUCGUUUGGCUCUCCGUCACCGGGAUCGUCGCCCACCCCGAUUCCCGGAGCAUCGAGUUCCAGGUGGGGUUCAUUUCCGAAUCGCUCUCCGUCGACCAGUUCGAGACCGUCCCCGUUUGCAGGGCCAAGGCCGGGGAUCUCUCCGAAUUAGGGCUCCCUUUCGCCGAGUUAAUCGCAAAACGACAGGGAUAUGACGCACUUUUGGACCUACUCGCUUAAAAGCCUAAGCAUGUUUGAGAGCUCGGAGUGCAAGCUCUUCCCUGCUUCGAUAUUCCAGCAUCUACUCCGAGGAGCGACAGGAAUGUAACUCUGUGUACAAUAAAAGAGCACUAGCUCUCCAGUGAUGUAUGUAAUGUUGCUAAAUGGACCGGUCGUGCACGCUUGUGUAUGUUAUUUUCAGUUUGUGUUGUUGCAUAGAGAUUCUGAGCCUUUCCAGGCAUGUUAAAAUUUCUCUCUCUCUCUCUCUCUCUUUUCUUUUGUUUUUUCCUUCAUCUUGGCUUUUGGAUGUGGAUUUGGUUGAACAAAGUACACACAGGAUGCUAUGAAACAUUCAUUUCUAAGGGCUUCUUAUGCAGGGAUUGCUGAGGCUUCUAGUUA